AUGGGGAAUCCCCAGAGCGCGCAGUUCCAUAAUCUGAGGAAAUUUGGUCACUUCCUAGACUUAGAAACAUCACGUAAUGCAGCACAAACAGAAAGUCAGCAACAUGAUAUAUCAAUUACCGGUAGUUUAAACGCUACACCCAUUGGUGGUGAAAAAACUGAAAACGAUAAUGAAAAAUCGAAAAGUUUUGUAGGCAUAGCUCAAAGGUCUCUUCAAAAAGAUUUCAGCUUUUUUUUUAUUAAACCGGAUAAUAAACAACUCCAGACUCCUAAUAAAUAUAAAAGUUCAUCAGAAUUAAUUAAGGAAACUAAAGAUAUGAUCCGUGAAAGAUCAGAAAAAGAAAAAACAAAACAAUUACCAAACAUCAAAUUUAAUGAGAAGGAAAAAAAGCUUUUGAAAGUAGAUGACAGUAAACAUAAGAAAAAGGACAAAACGCUUGAAAAAACAAAAGAAAAAAUGUCUCUUGGCAACGAGCAGAAGUUACUUGAUAUUGAAACACAAAAAAUAACGACAGACGAACCUGAAUCUGAUAAAAAAAUUAAAGAGAAUAUAAAAAAAGAGAAGGACAAGCAAAUUAAAUCAGAAAAGAAAAAAAAAAUUGAUAAUAAAGAUCUAAUAAAUGCCGACAAAGGUUUAACUAAACUAAAAAAAGAAAGUGAUAAACGAGAAAAAGUCGAAAAAACAGUAAUUGAAAAGGAACUAAAAAAUAAAGUCAACGAACAAAAUAAUAAGACAAAGAAAGAACCACCUGUCGCUGUGAAUAAAAAAGAAGAAUUAAAGGAUGAAGAAAAUAAACCAAAACAAGAUACAAAUAAAGGGUCUAGCACGAAAGAUAACAUAGAAGAAUAUAAAAAACUAUUAGCUGAGCAAAAGAAACAAAAAGAAGAAGAAAAAUUGAAAAUAAAAGAAGAAGAAAAAAUAAAAAAAAAGGAAGAAGAAGAGAAAAUGAAAAAAAGAGAAGAGGAAAGGCAAAAAAAAGGACCCGUGAACAAGCUUCAGAUUGAUAAGGAGCCUAAGUCAGAAAUAAAAUUUGAGCUUAAAACAAAAACUGAAAUAAAGAAAAAAGAAACGAGCGAAUUAAAAGCAAAUCAGCCAAAGGUCAGAAAUCCGUCGUCUGACGACCUAAUUUUACAAUUAGUAAAAUUAAAACAAUCCCAAAAUAAACAAAAACCAAGAGUACAACCGAAGCGAUUAUCAGAAAUUAAAAUUGAUCCUACCGUAAUCAAAGCUCACAAGGGUCAUCAGGAACAAAAACAAUCCAAUUGCUUAAUUUGUAAUGACUCUGAAUUAGAACUUGAUAUUGAAAAUAUUGAAAAGAGUAAAUAUCAAGGCAAGGAAGUGACUGACAUUAUUAUAGGACAACAAAUAUUUAAAUGUAAACCACAUUUAGAAGAACAUAUGAAUAAAACUUCAGUAGGUCCUAUACUUUUUACAUCAACGUUUCAUGACGAUGUCGACCGAAGUCAUGAUGUUAUUUCCGACAGUGCUGCAGGAGAUAUGGAAAGAAAACCUUUUUCCGCUAAAAUCGUUGAUCAAGAAGUUCCAAAAGGUAUCAUACGGUAUGCCUUAUCGGACCGCACAUUUAUUGAUAAGGGCUGGACUAUGUUACCCACUGAAAAAGUCGUGCGAAAAAUGAAUGUAUAUCGUAUGCGACCAGCUCAUCCUGAAUUUGAUUGGUUUGAACAUAAUAAGAACAAAAAGUUAAUGCACUACGAUACAGGUGAAAAAUUAGCUGAAUUUGAUGAUGAUGGUCGUGGCAGAUGGUUUUAUAGAAAUGGAAAGCUGGCAUUAGAUUAUUACGACGCAAAAGAAAUAAAUGCACAGCAAAGAUUUGUCAUCUACAGCAGCGGUGAACCUGACGAACGAGGCCACUCCCGACCAUUAGUUAUACUUGCAACAUUUGAUUAUCUGGGAAAUGGUAUUGUUUUUGAUCACGCUGGUAAAAUAAGGCUAAAAUAUAAUCAAACCGAAGGAGUUAUCUUAGAUCGAAACAUUGGUCCUGUGUCCCAUUGGAAAUGGCACACGUUAAAUGAUCCACCAGUGUUACAACAAGUUAUGAUAGAUACUCAAAUGGCACAUAAAGAUCCCGAAAUAAUCAAGCUCGGGGGACCCGGAGACGAUAAACCACGGCCUGAUAAUGAAGAGAUGCUCGCAAUUGAAUUCGAUAACUUUAUAAAAGAGAAGAGUAAAAAGCUAUCUCAAAAGUUCAAGCCAUUUCAAAUUAAAAUGAAAGCUUUAAAAAUAAAUGAACAUUUUUCUUUGAGAGUACUUGAUCAGGCUACUGUUUAUUUAAUAUUUAGAGACGGCUCUAUUAAUCUAAAAAUAAAUAUCGGAAUGAUUUUAGACCAUAAAGAAAUCGUCGACACUGAUACCGCUGAAGUAGGAGAAGUUUCAAAUAGUUUAGAAAGAUUUCCAGCGCGGACAGAUAGCUUAGCUGGUUUACAAAAAAGCGUGGCAUAUGCGCAACGAGUCGAGCGAGCUCGAGUAGAACGCGAACGUCGACUCCGACCUACAAUGUCGUAUACGGAUAAAGUAAACACCAUGGUUUCUCGGCCUCUACGCACUCCACUAGAUAGAGUGCCUUCUAGUUCUACUGUAACAACUUCGGCGUACAGUUGUAGAUGUAGGAAAUCCUCGUCUUGUCAUUUGUACUAUGACACACGCCUCAGUUAA